AUGGCCACUGUUCAGCUCUCUCGCUCUAUCAGAAUUCACAAGACAUCUAAGAAAACAGUUUUCCCAUCUCAAAUCACUAACGAGCAUGAGUCACUGAUAAUGGUGAAGAAACUUUUUGCUACUUCUGUCUCGUGUAUAACGUAUCUACGGGGCCUAUUUCCAGAGAGCUCUUACGGAGAACGCCAUUUGGAUGACCUCAGUUUAAAAAUCCUCCGAGAAGAUAAAAAAUGUCCUGGGUCACUGCAUAUUAUCAAGUGGAUUCAAGGUUGUUUUGAUGCUUUGGAAAAGAGAUACCUACACAUGGCAGUACUAACACUUUACACAAAUCCCAAGGAACCUGAGAAAGUGACUGAGAUAUACCAGUUCAAAUUCAAAUACACACAAGAAGGCGCCACUAUGGAUUUUGACAGCAGUAACACAAGCUUCAAAAGUGGGACAAACAGUGAAGAUAUUAAGAAAGCCAGUGUUCUGCUGAUCCGUAAACUGUACACGCUGAUGCAGAACCUUGGACCCCUUCCUAACGAUGUUAUACUGACUAUGACUCUCCACUACUACAAUGCAGUGACCCCAAACGAUUACCAGCCCCCUGGCUUUAAAGAAGGAGUAAGCUCGCACUUCCUGCUGUUCGAAGGGGAGCCUGUAAACCUUCAAGUGGGAAUGGUCUCCACUGGCUUUCACAGCAUGAAAGUAAAAGUCACAGCCGAAGCCACCAGAGUGUCUGAUCUGCAAAGCAGCCUCUUCCAGGAGAGCGACACGACCGAGAUCGCCCACCAGGGCCUCGACUGCGAUGAGGAAGAAGAGGAACGCAACACUGACAUUCAAAAGAUGAAUUUCGUGUGCAGUCAGCAAAGUUCUGAGAGAUCCGGAAAGAAGAGGAAGGUCAGCGAACCAGUGAAAGUCUUCAUCCCUGACAGAAAGUGA